CGGCUGAGGCAAAAGGAACUAAAGCUUCGGGAGAGAAGUAGGCUGACAGCAAGGUUACAGUAAGUUAGCUGAGCUCCGAGUGGGCAUAGUGAUAAUUUGCUGUGUUGCAACAGGGGAUGAAGUCGAAACAUGCAACAGUACUGACAUGAGCAGCUCAGACAGACUGCACUGUGUCGUCUUCAGAGGUUAUCUCUGCUCUGUCAUGCUGAGGGUUUCUCUCAGAGCUCCCGAGGAACAGCCACUGUCAUUUCUUAUCUCAACAGCUGGGUGGAGUAAAAGUCGGUGUCAACACGUUCUUCAAAGGGAAUUUCUCAGAAAGCUCAAGUGUAUAUACUCAGGAGCCGGUUAGACAUCUCAAUUAAAAGCUGAUCAGUCUAAAGGGGUUCGAGUCAAAGAGGAAGUCAGACAGCUGAAUGGUUUUUGGCAGUGUCACGUGGAACGAAAGUGAUACUUGGGUUUGUUUUCCCCAUCCUAUUUUCGUUUUUUUUCUUUUUUCUUUUUUAAAGGACAUCUUAAGUAGGUUAGUGUCGCGGUGGCUGUGCUUCAGUUCAGUUCAGUUCAUUUCUGGAGCAGAUAAUGGGGGACAGGUGCGCUCCGGAUACGACGGAGAAUGGUCCACACAUGGGAGUAAUAGGUCCAGCUGCCGCGGACCCCAUUGAACACAGCGGGAUCAUAAACAGGGAGAACGACUUGGGGGUCACUACGCGUCUAUACACGAGGCGAUGGAUGAUAGUGUUCCUCUUCAGCUCUUACUCUCUGAUCAACGCUUACCAAUGGAUCCAAUACGCGAUCAUCAGCAACAUAAUUAUGAAGUUCUACAAGGUGGAAGCCUUCGCCGUGGACUGGCUGUCUAUGGUCUACAUGCUCACAUACAUCCCCUUCAUUUUCCCAGUUACCUGGCUCCUGGAUAUUAAGGGACUGCGGGUCACAGCGCUGAUUGCGAAUGCGCUCAACUGCGCCGGGACGUGGAUAAAGGUGGCCAGUGCCAAACCGAGCCUAUUCUGGGUCACCAUGCUCGGACAGUUUAUGAGUUCCUUUGCCCAGGUUUUCAUCCUCGGGAUGCCCUCCCGCCUGGCGUCAGUGUGGUUCGGAGCGAAUGAGGUUUCCACCGCCUGCUCCAUUGGAGUUUUUGGCAACCAGUUGGGUAUUGCCAUUGGGUUCCUGGUUCCACCCAUCCUCGUGCCUAACGUGGAUGACAUGGACGAGCUGGCACAUCAUAUCAGUAUCAUGUUCUACAUUAGCGCAGGCUUGGCCACCGCCAUCUUUGUCCUUGUGGUCAUCGUGUUUCAGGAGAAACCUGAGAUCCCACCCAGCCAGGCCCAGGCACAGGCCAGGAACAUGCAGCCUGAUGAGUACUCCUACACAGCCUCCAUCUUGAGUCUGCUGCGCAACAAGCCCUUCAUGCUCCUGGUGGUCAGCUAUGGCUUGAACGUUGGCUGCUUCUAUGCUAUUUCCACACUGUUGAACCGGAUGAUCAUUGAACACUAUCCUGGUGAAGAGGUGAAUGCUGGGAGAAUCGGUCUGACCAUUGUCAUUGCUGGCAUGGCGGGCUCUCUCAUAUGUGGCAUAUGGCUGGACAAGACCAAAACCUACAAACAGACCACCUUGGCCGUGUAUAUCCUUUCUCUAAUUGGGAUGCUGGUCUACGCCUUCACCCUCAACUUGGGUCACCUGUGGGUGGUGUUCGUUACAGCUGGAGUUUUAGGUUUCUUUAUGACAGGAUACCUGCCUCUGGGUUUCGAGUAUGCAGUAGAGCUCACCUACCCAGAAUCGGAGGGGACCUCGUCCGGACUGCUUAACUGUUCAGCUCAGAUCUUUGGAAUCAUUUUCACCAUAGCUCAGGGAAAGAUCAUGGAUUACUGGGGAACUUUAGCCGGAAACAUAUUCUUGUGCAUCUUUCUGCUAAUAGGAACAGUGCUGACAGGAUUUAUCAAAUCCGACCUCCGACGGCAGAAGGCCAACCAACAGGUUGAGGUGCAGACAGUGAGUACAAUUACUGCUGAUCUGGAAAGAAGAAUCUCUCCACCUGAAAUCUUGAAAGAGGGGAGGUUGUGAGGAAGACAGAUAUUUCUCUGUCCAAGAUAUCAGAAUAUCACCGUGUACAGAUUAAAAACAAAUAAGACACAUAAAAAAAAAAAACAACAACAAAAACUGACACAUCGAGACGCACAAUCAUGCACAAACGACUGAGGAGCUGAAAGCUGUGAACUGUAAGAACAUGGAGGCUGAAUCACAGAGAACAGUGUUGCUUUACGGAGUUCUGUUUGGACUCUGUGAUGCAGAAAUCCACACUGGUAUUACACCCCAAACCACCAUGGGGGAAUGCACUUUCAAGGUUUUUACAUCAUGGAAUGAUGGCAUUUUACAUGUCUUGUUAGGUGCAAUGUAUCUGCCACUUUAGUGACUCCAACCUUCAAUCUAACUGAAUUCCUUUCCUAGUUUUUCUUCUGACCGGUGUUAAUGUAGUGUUUUAUGCGUUCGACUGGCAAUAUUUAAAGUUUUCUAAUAUAUGACCAAUAUUGUGUGUAAUUUAAUUCCGUCUUUACAUUGAUGAAGGUGUCUCAUGUUAGUGUUCUGUGUUUAGAAUAUGUGUGUUCAAUGCAGAUUAAGGACUGUGACGUGUUU